AUGGCGCGCGAUAUAGCGUCGGGCAUCCGGCUAACCAGCAACAAGCGCGUUGGGGGAUUGUCAUGGCUCAAGGAUCGGCGGUGUCAUCUGCUGGGCCUCAAGGGACCGACGAUUCCGCAACACCGCCUCGGCAAUCGAUAUCUAUUUAGCUUUAUCGACCAAAAAUCUAACUACUGCCGCGUGUUCCUCGCGCGCACGAAGAACGCUGCGGUGAAACAGUUUGAGGCUUUCCUCGUUCACUGUGAGAAGCGAUUCGGUUUCAAGGUUCAUGUGCUGCGGACGGACGGCGGCGGAGUGUACGACAACGUCGAUUUGUUAUGCAAACGCACAGGUGUCGCGCGCCAAGUGUCCAAAGCGCGCAACCAGGCGUCAAACGGCAAGGCGGAGAGGAUGCAUCGGACGGUGCUGAACCUUGCGCACAGCACGAUAUUUCCGUGUGCGCUACCGUUUCAAUUUUGGAGGGACGUGGUUUAG